AUGGAGCCACAACAAUUCCAACCUCCUCAACAUACUCCACCUCAACCACCUCAACAACAACAACAUUAUCAACCAGACCAUCAGCAACAGCAGCCACAACAAGGUCAGCAAGGCCAACAAGGUCAGCAGUAUGACAAGUACCAACACCAACAACCUUUACAAAAUUCACCAACAUCAGGUAAUUAUGGAAGAGACCAACAACAUCAACAGCCACAACAACAACAAAGUGGUGAUCGUGAUGCAAAGGGUUCUUCAUCAUGGGACCAAAGGAGCAGAGAGCAACACAGCGGUAGUGGAAAGAGGACAUCAACAUCGCCAAACACAAUCCGAGUUCACUAUCGCAAGGAUCUCACUGCCAAGAUACCUUAUGAAGUUGGUGAAUAUUACCGUGACCUAGUGAUCACCAUCAAUGAACACUUUGGAUUCAUGAAGUUGGGUCGAUUAAAGUUCAAGGACAUCAAUGGUCACAAGAUCAAGAUGGACCAAAAGAUCCCAGACCCUCCCGACCUCUUUGUCACUCAGCGCACAGUUCGAGUUUAUAAGGGAGAUAAUGAUCAUGAUGAUCAUCCACUUGGAAUAUUCCAACAAGGAAGUACUUGGGGUGAGAUGUCACAACACUUCAACAUUGUCUCGGGCAAUCUAAGACAAAAGAAUGAUAAGAAUAAGCCAUUGGCAGUUCCACCAUUUAUCGGAGGUAAAUACACUCUUGUUACCCCGGCAAGGAGAUACCUACACUUCUUGGUAAAGUAUCAGUAUCUUCUAGAGGACAUAAUAUUUCUGCCAGAUCAAUCACAUAACACAAACACACACCCACACAUUAACAUCCACAUCCACAUCCACAUCAAUCAAUACAUCCAAAGACCUGGUGGAGCCAUUUUAGAUACCAUUAGA